AUGUUGGGCUCGUACGUCUGCCGCCAGUGCAGAGCGCGGCUUAAUCCUCGCCGUGUACCUUCCCGAAUCCCUCAAUGGCAGCCACGAGCCACAUUUAUCUCGCUGCGCAGUCAGCAACCGCAAAACGACGCCGACCAAACUGAAGCCCAGACGCACCCUGACGAUACAACAGCUGGGCAAGAAAAGUAUCAAAGCGGAUCGUACAGCCUUUUCGAUCGAUCCCAGACGAAUGCGCAGGCCAGUGACAAUCGACCUCAACGGCUCGGGCGAUACUCACGACAUGCGCGCGACAGUGCAGCGCAUGACACAGGGAAUAGCAACGAUACCCAGUCAGCAGGGAUCCAUGAAGUCGAACCCAAUACAAAGUCGUAUGCGCCUCGUAUACACAUGCUUAUGAGACGCGGAGAGGUGGAGAAGGCAUGGGCAUUGUUCGAACAGAGCUACACAUCAGCCGACUGCGAGGCUCUCACAAUGCCCUCCGCGACAGACAUUCGCAUGAUCAACGAGCAACGAUUGUUUUCCAAUAUCCUGGCAUCUGUCAUCCAGAAGUUCUGCGAAGGACAAGGAGAGCCACAGAUCACUCCUACAACUGUACUCUUCAAGUAUGAGCAGCUCGGUAUCGCGCCUCCAGGAUUGUGGAUCAAGGGAGUUCUUGAGCCUUUGACCCAUCAAACAAUUCUUGCUGCCAAUGGUGGUAGCACAACACUGCAACGAGAUUUGUCCUCAAUGCUUUUCGAGCUCCUCUCAGUUUGGCGGCUGUUCUUCCAAUGCAAAGGCAACGGAAACGAUUCGCUGGAAGCUAUCAAUUCGGAAUGGAAUUUGCCUGCCGUCGAGGCUUUGCCACACAUGUUCCAGAAUGUGGACUUCAAUCUCCGCUUGCAGGAAUACCAUCCCAAAUCCAUUGGGGGUUCGACUUUGGGAUUUUGUGCUGUGUAUCUUUUCAAUUCUUCCGAGACAAUCAAUGCCACUGAGUCUUUGAGACACCAGGCAGCGCCUUUCCUGUCUUUGUUAGCUCGCGUUCUGGCGGGAGCAAGAGUAAAUACUGUCCUCAAUCACUCAGUACACUCAAGAACUUUCCAUUCGCUGCCGAAGGAACUGCAAGUUAAGAUCAGAAGGGACAUCGAGACAGCACCGGGGAAAGCCUUGAGCAUGUUGGGACAACAGGGUGCAGGGGCUCAAACAGGAACCACCGGUUAUGCAACGACGGAUCUGGAGUCGUUCAACCUCAAAGCAAUAGCGCGUGCAGUCGAAGCCAAAACAUCAACUGAGAGCCUGGAGCGAAUCUGGAAACGUGUUGAACUGGACUACACGCACGACGGCAAGAUUUCGAUACCUCCUCGAAUCUACAACGCUUUCCUCUCAGGCUACUUAGUCCUACAGCAAGCCAGACGUUCGGUCGAGGUGUGGAAUCAUAUGAUGUCCAACGGUGUUAAGCCCGAACUGGAGACAUGGGUCGCGAUGCUCGAAGGUUGUGAGAAAGCACAGGACCUUGACGGCUUCAAUGCAAUGUGGAACCGCAUGCAGAGCGCAGGACUUGAGCCAGACAACUAUGCUUGGACGACGCGAGUUCAUGGUCUCAUUUCGUUGCGUCAGGUUGAUCUUGGCCUGAAAGCCCUUGAUGACAUGGGCAACAGGUGGCGGUCAGCGGAAAAUGUCAAAAACGCCCCUCCUUCAAACUCCAAGAACUCAAAAGGCGCCAAAAACCUCCCUGUGUCGGCCAAAAUAGUUAACAACUGCACGAAACCGUCUGUGGAAGUCGUCAAUGGCGCUGUAUCCGCCAUCGUCCAGCUGCCAUGGAAGGACAUGAGGCAGCAGAAGCGCGUUGAAUACGCGCAGAAAAUCCUCAGAUGGGGAACACAGUUCGACGUCAAGCCUGACACCCGCACGUUCAACAUUCUCAUCCAGCUAUACCUCCGUGCAGGCGACUAUGCGACAGCCUUCAAGGUGCUGAGGCAGAUGGAGCUGAAUGGGAUACCAGCCGACAUUUCGACACACACCAUGCUCAUAACAGCGGCGUUCGACAAUCAUACUCUGGACAACCUAUCCGAAACGGAUCAAGCCGAUCGUCUCAUUCAGAUGUUCGAGGAGCUGGAAGCCGGCGGCCUGCGUCUUAACAACUACGUCUACGCGACAACCAUCGACCGCCUGUUGAAGCAAUACGGCAGCCACGAUGCCGUCCGCACCAUCAUCAGCCACAUGAAGAGUCGCAAUCUUGCGCCUAGCGCUCACGUUUACACGUCCCUCGUCACUCACUACUUUCAGCAAACGCCACCAGCCAUCGCAGCUGUCGAUUCCCUCAUCCACCAGAUCUUUGAAUCUGCACAUUCAGAUACAGACAAAUAUCUUUUCGACCGCACAAUCGAAGGGUACGCAGAACACGGAGAGGUGGGCAAGAUGAUGAGCGUACUCACACGCAUGUCAAAGCACGGCAAACACCCUGGCUUCAGGGCACUCACCGCCGUCAUCAGAGCGCUGGUUGCCGCCGGUGACGUCGAUCGCGCACGCCUCAUCGUGCGAGAUGUUGAACGCGGCGAGGGCAUAGCUCACGGCGGCGUGACGGGCGCUCUCAACAGCCAAAAGCAGUUCCUAGCCAUUGCGCGGAGCCUCGGUGUAGGACUGGACGAGGAGCGCAUGGGCGAUAUGUUCAGGAUGAGGAAUGAAGCGGGUGUGCUUGACGAGCAGAUCAAGGUGCGCGCUGCGGAGGAGCAGGCUGAGAUUGAGCGUCAGCCUGAGCCCAAGGAUCUUGGACCGCCAGAGGAGGAAAUUCAUGGGUUUCUGGAGAGCGAGCCGCGUCGCUGA